UGUCCCAGUGAGGAUGGUUUUCCUGGUUUUACAUUCACUACCUUUUUUUCUAGGACUUUGUGUCCUGGCGCAGUGUGCGGUUGCUCCUCCGCUAGUUAUAACUGAGCCUCAGUUGCAGUACCUUUUUCAUGUCGAGAAUGUGACGACCGAUUACGGAGACAAGCCCCCCGCUCCAUUCGCCGCUGAGAACGAAAACCUGUUCGACGGAGAUAUUUGGGGUAUUAAAUACGAGAAUGGUCAGCUAAGUCGAAGUGGGAUUAUUGGCGCGAAUUACCGGUGGCCAGUGUUUAUUCCAUACAAAAUUGACAGCUCCUUUUGUGAGUAUGGUCAAACGCUGCGGUAAUACAAAUUCUGAUGUUGUCUUCCUAUGACUUCCUUUAUUAGCGGAUUCCGAAAAAGACAUUAUUUUGGCAGCAAUGAAUGAGUUCCUUAAGGUAGCGCAUAUGGUAUUCCUGCCAUGGAAAUCAGGAGAUGUUGAUUAUGUGGACAUCCGUAAAGGUGGAUCAGGAGUGGGGUAGUUAUCAAAAGACAUCAUCUUUUUUUUUAAAUGGCCGAAUGCAGAAAGGUUACUGACUGUGGGUGCAACUCUUAUGUUGGAAAACUUGGCAAGAACCAGACAAUAAACCUCGAGGUCUCCUCGACUGGCUAUUGUUUACGGUUUAAAACAGUGUUGCAUGAACUGAUGCACACAGUUGGUUUUUAUCACGAGCAGAGUCGCGAAGACCGGGAUACUUACGUGGAAACAAACAGACCAAACAUUCAACCAAAAUAUUACUACGCUUUUGAUAAGAUAAGCACCACCACCUUUGGCUUGCCCUAUGACAUUUAUUCGGUGAUGCAUUACGGGCGGUAUUAUUUCGCCAUUAACCGUGAAGUCUGGACCAUUCGGCCGAAGGGCACUAACUGGGUGCUGGAAAAUUUUGGUAGCCAUAAUACGUUAUUUACUGAAUUCACCCCUAAUGAGGUGCGAAAACUGAAGGCCAUGUAUCCGUAUUGUGGAAGGGGUUAUUCCGGGACUUCUUUACACGGAUCAUGGUGGACUUUUGUCAACGGUCAUUAUUUGCCCAAUCUUUCCGCAGAUAUAGGCUUAAGUAUAAAAUCGGCUCAAGUAGAAUCUGGUUGCACGAUGCGUGUUUGUACUGCAGCCAAUUUUGGAGGUUCAUGUGCGGUAUUGACAUCCGAUCUUCAAUUAUUUUCUGCUCCUUGGUACAACAAUAUCGGCUCAUUAUCUUGCUUGUGUUAG